UGUUUGAUGUCCUUGAAAAGCUUGGAGAAGGAUCAUAUGGCAGUGUUUUUAAAGCCAUUCACAAGGAAUCAGGCCAGGUUGUGGCCAUUAAACAGGUUCCUGUCGAAUCAGACCUCCAGGAGAUCAUCAAAGAGAUCUCCAUAAUGCAGCAAUGUGACAGUCCUUAUGUGGUGAAGUACUAUGGCAGCUAUUUCAAGAAUACAGAUCUGUGGAUUGUGAUGGAGUACUGUGGCGCUGGAUCGGUGUCUGAUAUCAUCAGACUGCGCAACAAAACACUCACCGAAGAUGAGAUUGCCACAGUCCUCAAAUCCACCUUGAAAGGUCUGGAGUAUCUCCAUUUCAUGAGGAAAAUCCACAGAGACAUCAAAGCAGGGAAUAUUCUCCUCAACACAGAGGGCCAUGCUAAACUAGCUGAUUUUGGAGUGGCUGGACAACUUACCUUUGUGAAGAAAUGUCUGGUGAAGAACCCAGAGCAGAGAGCAAUGGCCACUCAACUGCUCCAGCAUCGAUUUAUAACCAAUGCUAAGCCGGUGACCAUCCUCCGGGACCUGAUCACAGAGGCCAUGGAGAUGAAGGCCAAGAGACAACAGGAGCAGCAGAGAGAGCUGGAGGAGGAUGACGAGAACUCGGAUGAGGAAGUGGAAGUGGAUUCCCACACCAUGGUGAAGUCUGGUUCAGAGAGCGCUGGAACCAUGCGAGCCACAGGCACCAUGAGCGACCAUGGCAGUACCAUGCUGGAGUCUGACCUGGGCACCAUGGUCAUUAACAGCGAUGAUGAUGAGGAGGAGGAGGAGGUCGAUCUCGGCUCGAUGAGGAGAAAUCCUACAUCUCAGCAAAUUCAGCGUCCGUCCUUCAUGGACUACUUCGACAAACAAGACUCAAAUAAAGCACAAGAGGGUUACAAUCACAACCAGCAGGACCCGUGUUUAAUUUCCAAGACCGCUUUCCCUGAUAAUUGGAAAGUGCCACAAGAUGGAGAUUUCGAUUUUCUGAAAAACCUUGAUUUUGAGGAGCUCCAGAUGCGCCUUUCUGCUCUGGACCCC